AUGAUUCUGUAUGCACUGAACAGAAACUCUGAAUGUCCACAUCAUGACUGUGUGUCCUUGUUCUUAGAUAUGUUUGAUUCUAUGCCUGAGCAAAGCCCCACCACAGAAUCCAAAGCUGCUACCACUCCUAGCGUAGACCUUUUUGGUGCAGACCUUCCUGCUGUUUCACGUGGGCCCUCUCCUUUGCCCGAGCCGGCUCCGGCUGGAGACAUUGUGACUGACUCGUUUACAACUCCUGCUCCCGCUGCUCCCUCUGCUCCCGCUGCAGCUCCUGCUGCGGCUCCUGCUGCAGCUCCAGCUACAGACGCCUCAUCUCCACCUAAAGCAGAGCCUGCACCAGUCAUUGACUUACUGGACUCCUUCGGCAGCCCCGUGGAAGAGAAGCAGAGCUCCGCUCCUGGAGGACCUGGAGACGACCUGCUGGGAGGACUGAUGUCUCCCACCCUGGCUCCCACUGCAGCACCUCCUCUGGCUCCUCUGGCUCCCUUGGCUCCGGCCCCAGCCUCAGCUCUGGUGCAGGGCGACCUCUUGGAGUCAGGUUUUGAGGCUCUGGGCUCGCUGCCAUCACCAACACCACUAGUACCUGCUGCAGUUCCAGAACCUGCAACCACCACACCAGUGCCCUCUGGUGGCUUUGAUGCUUUAAUGUUUGAUGGAUUAGGCGACUUGCUGAUGCCUGCAGUAACGCCCCAGAGCACCGGGGGCAGCACUACUGGAAGCACAGCAGGAAGCAUGGGAACUCCUGUCGCAGCAGGUGGAUUGGCAGGUGCUUCACCGGCCCCCAAAGCCAUUGGAGGAGAUCUGGACUCGUCACUGGCAAACCUCAUCGGAGACCUUGGAGUUAAGAAAAAGGAUCCACAAAGUGAGAAGAAGCUGACUGGAGGAGCCAACUGGAUGCCAAAGGUCGCUCCAACCAGCUGGGCUACAGCUGGAGCUCCCAUGGCCGGUGCCACACCUGGAGCUCCUGGGGCACCAGGAGCAGCGCCACCUGCUGUAGCCAUGGUGCCACCAAUGAGCGUACAGCCUGGCUUUGGCAUGCCUCCUGCAGGUGGACCUGGAGCUCCCAUGAUGCAACCCCUGAUGGGGCAGCCCAUGAUGGCGCAGCCAAUGAUGAGACCUGUAACAGGAGCACCGAUUUCUCCAGGACCUGCGAGUCAGAGUCCUAAGAAACCCAAGGACCCUCUGGCAGAACUCGACCUCAAGGACUUCUUAUAAUGCCCCAGCUUUCCUUCGUCUCUGGAGCAGCAGGAAGGGCCCUCUCAGCUUUUGUUUUUUACCUGGUGUCUAUCAACAUCUCAGGAUGCCAGUGAUGUGCAGCUUCUCAAACCGUACUACAGUAUCUUCUCUCCACCCCCAACCCAUCAAUUUCACCCCCCCCAGUCCUUCUCCUGUGUGAUGUUGUAGCACAAACCGUGAAAGUGAACCAUAACGAAUAAUAUAUAGCUAUAAGAGAAAAAAUAUAAAUACAAGUGUGUGCUUAUGUAGAUGUACCGAUCUUUUGUCUAAACAAAACCGUGGGAAAACCCCCAAAAAAACUGAGCGGAAGUGAAGGCGUAUGUGUUUAGACUUCUUUCUAGUGUUGCGUUGAAUGAUGGAUGUGCUUUAGUGUUCUAAGCUCCACCCACCACCCCCUGUACUUUUGUCCCCGCCUCCUGGUGAAAGGGGGAGGAGCUCCUGUUUGUCGAAGCUGCUCUGCCCAUGGCAGGAGUGGCAAACAAGUCCCAGUAGAUUUUCCAAACAAUUACGUGGUGUGUUGUUUACAGAACGGUCCUCUUUGAUGUACAUAGAUUUCUCCGGCGAGGAUUCUGUCUCUAUUCUGUGUGUCUGUUGGAAGAGAAAAUAUAAAUGUGAAUCUGACAAAAAGAAGUUGUGUGAGUAUCCUUCUAUUUCCUGUCUUCGCCAUGAGAAGCGUUCAAUGAUUAAUAUAUUGUAUAUUUAAAAAAACAAAACAAAAAAACAACAGUUUCUGUGGGCUUCUAAUCAUACCAGACCAGCAAGUGAUCCUUUUAUUUAUUUUUUUUAUUUAGUAUUGAUUCCUUUUUUUUUUUCCUUUAUCUAUUUUAGAGUAUCCUCCAGACUCAUGUUGACAUUUGCUGGCAUUGAUAUCGAGAAAAACAACAAACAUAAAAACAUAUCCUAAUUCCAGAGAAAUUGUUUUUCAUAUUAAUGGUACAGUCGAGUCUAAACUGCCCUUCACUAGAAGUGUCUUUUGCUUGUGUUUUCACUGUAACCUUUAAAGACCAUGCAAUUAUGGAUAUUGUGCACUUGAAAAACAUAUAAUAUAAUAUUGUCAUUCCAAACUCAAAGGUAUUUAAAUGAGACUCAGACUGUGUCGAGUUGAACGUGACGACACAUUUCAAACAACCAACAUGGUGACGUUAAAUUCAAGAACACAUGAGUUAGAGGUGCCGACAGAGUGUGUCCUCAAGACAUUGGGGAUUUAGAUUUGUUGUACUCAUCACAAUGUUGCUUUGUUGUGCUGUUUGUGUUUUUUUUUUAAAAGACAAACCCAAACAAACGUCCUUUAAAUUCCAUGUUGCCAGCCUGUAGCACCCAGUGCUGUGAGACAGACUGACUGUGUGUGUGUGUGUGUGAGAGAUCUGACGAUCAACUUUAUCGAAAACACGAUGGCGUUGCUCACGUGGUUCAUCGCUGACCUUUGUUGCACAUUUGUAACGUCUGUAGUACUGUAUUAUGGCCACAUGGGAGCAGUGUGUAUCCACAGCUAUGAUCUUGUUCCCCCCCCCAUUGAUUCACAAUGGAAUUAACUAUGUUGUGGUGUUGAUGUGUGAUAUGGUCACAGCUGGUUCUCCCCCCCGCUCCUGUGACACUUACGAAGGCUUGUUUCAGCGGAGUGUGUGAGCAGGUGGAAUAAUAAUAAUAAAAAAAAUAAUAAUAAUUCAGAGAAAACAAUGGGAGAUUGUUGAGAUUUUUCAUGACUUAAUUCUUGAAAUUGUAUUUUUGUUUAGUUGUAAAGUUAUUUUUAUUUACUAUGGCCCUCCCCAGUGCAUGUAAGCCCAAUGAGAUGCAAUAAAUUCAAUGACGGAUUGAA